CCUGCGUUGGUCAAUUUCUUUUUUGUUCGCGGAGUACGAUGUUCUCCAGUUUCGUUGUUGAUAAUUAUCUUUUUCCUCUAUAUUUUAUUUUUCUUCUCUUUGCUGAAUAUAGGUGUUGCUUAGGGUUGGAUAGUCCAAAAAUAGAAUUGAGUUAUCAUAACGCUGGGAGCACAUUCGAAGUAAUUACUCCGGCACUCUAGUCUAUCUCUACCCAAGGUAUCUACUCCGUACCAGA